AAAAAUAAAAAAAAUAUUUUUUUUUCAAUUUUCCAUUUCUCCUCUUUUCACGCUACUCCUCCUCCUACUCCUCCCUCCUCCUCCCUCCUUUCCACCCGCUCCUUUCCCAAUUCUGCACCAAAAACCACCACCACCAAAAAUUCAUUCAUUCUUCUUCUUCUUCUCUUUCACUUACGCCACUUCCCGAUUCACCUGGGUCACCACGAUUGAUUUUGCUCUUCAUCUCCUCAGAUCUCUACCUCCAUUUCUCACUCAAUAUUCAUAACUUACCACAGCGUCCAACAACCUCCACAAUUCCUUUCUAAUAUUCAGAACUUCUCAUCCCACAUGGGAUGAGAUUAACCCAAUUCCUCAGAUCUAUGGAUGAUAUUAGGGGAAGAAAAGAAAUAAUGGAAUUGGAAUUUUAGAACAUCAAUUUAAUUCCUCAGAUCUGUUGUUGAUUUUGAGUAUUGGCCAUGGAAAAGAAUGGAGGGAGGAAAAAAAAGUGGAAGGAUUUGCUUCCUCGAUUCUGUGUAGGAAGGGAAAAUUAAAAAAAAAAUUAAAAAUUGAUUCAAAUCCGAAUCCAUCGAAUCCUUAGGGGGGAGGUCGGAUUCAAAAAUUGAUUCUGAAUCCAAGUCCUUGAUUCCGAUAUCCGCUAACCAAACAAUCAAAUGAAUCCUGAAUCCAAUUCCCAAUCCGAUUCCGGCUAAACAAACGGCUCCUAAAUCUAUCCUUAUGUUUUUGGUCAAUAUCGUGACAACAAACUGCAAUUUAUGUAAUAGGCCCAUUAAUGGUAGCCGAUUGUAUCCGGGCCCCAAUUAGAGGUACCCAUACAAGGAGCUCCACAUUAUCAACCCACGGUUUAGAAAUUAGAACAGGCCCAUUAUCUGAAAUUCAAAAAGGGCAGACAGACAAAUCAGAGGGGCACCAAUGUCAAUCCAAAACUGCAUAUAUUCGGACAAGCCGUAAGCCGUGAGAUCCAAAUUAGAACAGAAAGAAACCAACGGUUGGAUUGCUCAGAGAGCCAGAGAGAGAGCGGCCUCCCAAAAUUCAAAUUUUCACUGCCAAAAAGUUGUCAUCCCGCUCUCCUCAUCUCACACCAACAAUUCAGAUUUGGCAUUAAUUUUUCAGAUACACUGAAGAGUCUCCGACCAAAAUCAGUUCCUAGGGUAACAAAAAAUUCGUUCGAGUGGGACAAAACCUGAGAUCUGGGAAAGGAAUUUGCGGUUUUCUUGUCAGAAUUUCUCCCCUCCUCCCGUAGCAAUUAAAAGAUGUCCGCUCGGCACGAUAAGGAAAAAGGUGUAAAUGUUCAGGUCCUCCUCCGAUGCAGGCCAUUUAGCGAGGAUGAAUUAAGGAACAAUGCGCCUCAAGUAGUCUCGUGUAAUGAAUUUCAACGAGAGGUUUCAGUUUCGCAGACUAUUGCUGGGAAGCAUUUCGAUAGGGUUUUUACUUUCGAUAAGGUUUUUGGUCCAUCAGCUCAGCAAAGAGACCUUUAUGACCAAGCAGUUGUGCCCAUUGUCAAUGAAGUCUUGGAGGGUUUUAACUGCACUAUUUUCGCUUAUGGCCAGACUGGAACUGGAAAAACUUACACAAUGGAAGGCGAAUGUAAGAGGUCCAAGAGUGGCCCGAACGGUGAGUUGCCUCCAGAGGCUGGUGUUAUACCAAGGGCUGUAAAGCAAAUAUUUGAUACCUUGGAGUCACAAAAUGCUGAGUACAGUGUCAAAGUGACUUUCUUGGAGCUGUACAAUGAAGAAAUUACUGACUUAUUAGCACCGGAUGAUCUAUCUAAAGUUGCUUUGGAAGAUAAGCAGAAAAAGCAACUGCCACUUAUGGAAGACGGAAAGGGAGGAGUUCUUGUUAGAGGGCUUGAAGAGGAAAUUGUGACCAGUUGCAAUGAGAUCUUUACAUUGCUUGAGAGAGGUUCGGCUAAACGCCGUACUGCAGAAACCUUAUUGAACAAACAAUCUAGUCGGUCACAUUCACUCUUUUCUAUAACUAUACACAUUAAGGAGGCAACUCCUGAAGGUGAAGAACUGAUAAAAUGCGGAAAGCUAAACCUAGUUGACUUGGCUGGUUCAGAGAACAUAUCUCGCUCUGGAGCCAGGGAGGGUCGCGCAAGAGAAGCUGGAGAGAUUAACAAGAGUUUACUGACUCUUGGAAGAGUGAUUAACGCUCUUGUGGAGCAUUUGGGACAUAUUCCAUACAGGGAUAGCAAGCUCACACGUCUGCUUCGUGACUCCUUGGGUGGGAGAACCAAAACCUGCAUAAUAGCCACCGUCUCACCAGCUGUUCAUUGCUUGGAAGAGACGUUGAGUACUCUAGAUUAUGCCCACAGAGCGAAGAAUAUAAAGAAUAAACCAGAGGUUAAUCAGAAAAUGAUGAAAUCCACACUUAUUAAAGAUCUCUAUGGUGAAAUUGAAAGACUUAAAGCAGAAGUCUAUGCUGCACGUGAGAAAAAUGGGGUUUAUCUGCCAAAAGACCGUUAUCUUCAGGAAGAGAGUGAGAGGAAGGCAAUGGCAGAUCAAAUCGAACAAAUGGGAGUUACAAUUGAAAACCAGCAGAAGCAACUUGACGAAAUGCAAACAAAAUACAUUUCUCAAGUUCAAGAAUGCUCGGAGCUGACUAGCAAGCUUGAUGCCACCCAGAAAACGUUGGGCCAAACCUGCAAAUUGUUGUCAACUACUGAAGAAGACCUUAGAAAAUGCCAAUAUGCACUAAAGGAGAGGGAUUUUGUUAUAUCUGAACAGAAGAAAGCAGAAAAUGCACUGGCUCAUCAAGCAUGUGUUUUACGAGCUGACCUGGAAAAAUCCAUCCGAGAGAACGCCUCCCUGUUUUCUAAAAUUGCUAGAGAGGACAAAUUGAGUGCGGACAACCGAUCGAUUGUGAAUAAUUUUCAAACUGAACUUUCCGAUGAAAUUAAGUCUCUUUGCAGUAUAGUGACCAAAUCAAUAGCUCAGCAAAAUGAACAUUUACAACAUGUUGAUAAACUCUGUCAUUCCUUCUUGGAGUCUCACAACAAGGCUCUCCUGGAAAUAAAGAAGAAAACAAAUAACUCAAAAGCUCUGUUUAUCUCGCACUUUGAGGCGGUGCAAAAUGUUGUGCGGCUACAUGGAGCUGGCUCAAAUGCUGCAUUAGAUGAAAUAUCAAAUCUUGCCACCUCUGGUUCUCAGUCUAUGAAGGAGUUCUUGGCUGCCGAAGCCAUUGAAGCAAAGUCAGUUUUUGAUGGUCUUCUGGGCAGUCUAUCUACACACCAAGGGGAAAUGGCACAGUUUGCCAGAGAACUUCGCCAGAGGUUUACUGCUGGGGUCGAGCAUUUGACAAAUAUCUCAGAGUGCAUUCAUGAGUUCCUUGACAAACUCACUGAAGAAUCUAAGAGACUUGGAAAACAUGCAACUGAGAUUGAUGAAGUACAGACAAAGAGUAUUGUUGACUUUCAGAAGGCAUAUGAGGAACAAUCAAGGUCAGAUGCAGAAAAGUUAAUUGCUGAGAUGACCACACUGCUGUCCACUCACAUGUGCCGUCAAAAAGAGCUGGUACAUGCAAGGCUUGAUGGUUUUAAAGAAAGUGUUUGUGGAAAUAAAACAUUCAUGGAUGGUCACAUAUCUGCAGUGGAGGGUAUCACAACGGAAGCUAAAAGAAAGUGGCAGGAUUACUUUGUGCAGGCUGAGAAUGAGACUAAAGACAGUGCAGACUUUUCCGCUGCAAAACAUUGCCGCCUGGAGUUGCUUCUACAAGAAAGCGUGUCGUCUACUGAAACAGCAUUGAAGCGGUGGGAGAAUGCACAUGAUUCUCUUACCAAGAUGGGCAGUGAACAUGCCACUCAAAUGGUUUCACUAGUCAGAAAUGUUCAUGAUACAAAUGAGCAACAUUUGGCUGAGGUUGACUCUGCAAGAGUUGCUGCUGAGGAGGAUGUAGCCAGAGAUACUGAAGGCACAGUUCAGCACUUUGACGACAUGUCAGAGCAAGAGACACAGUCCAUCUCAGAAAUUUUGGAAGUCUCCCGAGCACAUUCAGGGUCCCUUGAGAGUCUUCAGAAUGACCAUUCAGCACAGUCUACCUCUAUAGAACAGAAGGCUGAUGAAACUUUCAAUCAACAAUAUAUGGACUAUGAACCCACCGGCACGACUCCAGUUCGAUCAGAACCGGACAUCCCUAGCAAGAGUACAAUAGAUGGACUUCGAGCCAUGCCAAUGGAUUCCCUUUUGGAGGAAUUCCGAGAAAACCAUUCAUAUGAAUCAUUCAAAGCAAAGGAAGUGAAGCCGUCCUUAAUUCCACGGUCCCCUCUUUCCCAAAUCAACAACUAACUGCAGCUUGGCUUCUUAAUUUGGGCAUGUUUCUCCAUAUCUAUUUUGUAUCUGUAGUGUUUCAUGUAUACUGUUAGUAGAAACGUUGAAAUACACAACUGCAGUAAUAUUAGGGAUUGGUUUGGGUAGUAGCCUCAUCAGUGUGGAAAAUCCCUCCUCGGGAUUAUAGAUAUAAGUGUUGUAAAUUGUGAGGGCAGGCCUAACAAGAGCUCUGCGGAGUAAACACACAUUUGUUUAAGACUAUAGUUUUUGCUGCAUUAUGUUUAUGGUUUGGCUCUAAAAUCCCAGUCGUGUUCUCUUGUACGUCUAAGGUACAACAACAACAAUAUCCCCAGUAUAUUCUCAACUAGGUUGGAGUCUGGGGUCUGAGGUUGUUUAAGUACGACCCAAGAUGAUUGGUGCAUUAAUGUAUUCAUUUU